AUGUUUAACUCGGUCAACCUCGGAAACUUCUGCUCCCAGUCGCGCAAGGAGCGGAGCGGCGACUUCGGGGAGCGCGCAGGUUGCGCGGCUUCCAACCUCUACCUGCCCAGCUGCACCUAUUACGUCCCCGAAUUUUCCACCGUCUCCUCCUUCCUGCCCCAGGCCCCGUCUCGCCAGAUCUCCUACCCUUACUCCGCCAACCUCUCCCAGGUGCCGCCCGUCCGCGAGGUCUCCUACGGGCUGGACCCCUCGAAUAAAUGGCACCCUAGGAGCGGCUACGCCUCGUGCUACUCCGCCGAGGAGCUGAUGCACCGGGACUGCCUCCCGCCGUCCACCAUGACCGAGAUGCUGAUGAAAAACGAGAGCGCCUACGGCCACCACCACCCCACCCCCGGCGGCAACCCCCCGCCGCCCACCGGCUUCUACUCCGGCGUGAACAAAAACAGCGUCCUGCCGCAGGGCUUCGACCGCUUCUUCGAGAACGCCUACUGCUCGGCCGAGACCCCGCUGGAGGGCUGCCCGCAGAAGGCGCAGAGCAAGCUGGAGAGCGACCCCGCCGCCGCCGCCGCCGCCACCGAGCCCGCCGCCCUGUCAUCCCGCGGCGAGCAGGGCGUCGACCCGGAGGACGAGGAGGACGGCACCCACCCGGGCUCCUCAGCCUCCUCUUCCUCGGCCAACAAGGACGCCGGCGGCAAAGCCAGCAGCGCCAGUGCCCCCCGCACGAGGAAGAAGCGGUGUCCCUACUCGAAAUUCCAAAUCAGAGAGCUGGAAAGGGAAUUUUUCUUCAACGUCUACAUCAACAAAGAGAAAAGGCUGCAGCUGUCUCGGAUGUUGAAUCUCACUGAUCGACAGGUUAAAAUUUGGUUUCAAAACAGAAGGAUGAAAGAAAAAAAACUCAGCAGAGACCGCCUGCAGUAUUUCUCGGGAAAUCCCUUAUUGUGA